GCCAGGGGUGUUUUGGAGAUGUGUGUUGGAGUGGACUUCUGUCUCUACUUACUGUUUGGUCGUGCAGAGGUCGAGAAAAGAAGGGCGGACACUUCGAAACGUCAGCGUGCUUAAAGCUAUAAAUCUAUCCAAACCGCUCUCUGCGCCCGGUAUGGUGUAAUGAGCAGACAGCUGCACAUCUGUACUGCCAGUGCCAGCCUGAAGAGCCCUCAUGUGGACAGCCAUCUCACUCCUCACGCGGACACCUUGGAUAUAAUGGAGAAUACACAUCAUUGCCCUAUUUUUUUAUUAGAAUACAUUGGGGAUAUGAAAACAUCGCGUAAAUCUUCAUGAUCAUACAUGUUGCUCUGGUGGAUGUUACGAACGUUAUUUAUUACAUUUUUUCUAAUGAAAAAGGUCAAAAGUAACACUUAACGGUCUCCCUAACGCGAGUUUUCUGUACGUUUCCCUGCGCCUCGGCUUUGGCGAACUGGUCCACUCCCUGCUUCGGGAAAGCCGAUGUCUUCAUUUGACUCCUUGCAGUUGGUGAUGGUGGAUCUAUCUCGGAUAUCCAAUGUGGAAACCAGAAUCCAAUUAGUUUGCGACUGAGCGCCUGGAGAGAGAGCGCAGCGGCACUUUACCCAGCCAGUCACUCCAGCGCGUAGCCUACCUGUGGGCAGACACAUGGUUGGCUGCUCUGUAUACGAGAAGCCACUCAUCAAGCCUUGUUGCACUCAUUUUCAGGGUCAUUUUUACAUUGUAAAUUACAUUAAACGCAUCGGAUGAACGCAUCGGAUAUAUGUGAUCAGAUACAAUUUUACAGUCUGAAUAUAUCCUUUGGAUACAACUAGGGCUGCUUCUGACGCACCACGGAACGUUAAAUGCAUCGCUGUGUGUUGGAUUUUAAUACUGAUACCAAUUGCAGGUCUGCAAGGGCCAGAUUUAAGAUUCCUUCAUAGGAACUGAGUCUAAGAUGAAGUUAUGGGAUGUUUUGGCCACGUGUUUGUUGCUCCUGAGCUCCGUCUCCACACGCCCCCUUUACCAAAACCUUCAGCCUGCCAAAAGAGCUCACUACUCGGAUUGGCAUAGUGAUUCUCUGUCCCCGUCUGUGGAGGAACCAGAGCCAGAGUUCCAGUCGGAGUCUCACAGCCUGCAAGAGAUUUCCAUGGAAGAAAAAUAUGACAUCACAGGCCCAUAUCCGGACCAGUUUGAGGAUGUAAUGGAUUUUAUCAAGGCUACCAUUGGCAGACUGAGAAGAUCAUCAGAGCCCGCCGGCAGCUCAAGGGGAAGGAGGGAGCAGAGAGAGCAGGGGAGACAGAGAGGAGCAGCAAACAUAGACCGAAGAGGGGGAGGGAGAGGAGUGGGGAAAGGAGGGCGUGGGGAGAAGAAGGGUCGGGGGCGAGGGGGCAAAGGGAGGAGCAGUGAAAGAGGGGAGCAGCGGAUGAAGCCGGUUGAAGGCCGAGGCUGCUUGCUAAAAGAGGUCCAUCUCAACGUCACAGACUUAGGGUUGGGCUACCGGACCAAAGAGGAGCUGAUCUUCCGGUACUGCAGCGGCCCUUGUUCAGAUGCAGAGACCAACUAUGACAAGAUCCUCAACAACCUCACCCACAACAAGAAGCUGGUCAAGGACACACCCUCCCGCACCUGCUGUCGACCAAUCACGUUUGACGAUGAUCUGUCAUUCCUGGAUGACAACAACGAGGACUACCACAUUCUGCGGAAGCAUUCCGCCCGCAAAUGUGGCUGUGUCUGACUCUGGGAGAGACGAAUGAAAGAAAGGCUGACAGACAGACAGAAAGGAGAAGGAGCAGUAACAUAAAGCCUCUCAGAGGCUGGUACUGCCUCUUGGAAUGAAGGAACACAUGGGAAAAGAAGGGAACAUGAGACGGAUACAGUCCACUCCAGUGGUGUCUUAGGAACCAUGGACAGUAUUAGCAUGUCCUGUGUCCCACUCCUGAGAGGCUGCUGUGGGGUGAACAGGGAUGGUGUGGUCCCCAAACCUCCAGUAAUUAGGCUAAUUUAGAGCCCAGAUCAGGUCACAGUGGAAAAGGGACUCCUCUAUGCUAUAAUUACAUAGAAUUUUAAUGACUUAGAAAUUCAGCGUAACGGUCUUUAAAAGAGACGUUGUCAAUUCAGCUCAGUAUUCACUUCAUGAUUGGAUGACGUUCUUGGACACCUACAGGGGAUACGCUCUCAUUUCCCUGUGGAACCAUGCUGUUACACUCACAGGCUUGCCUGCAAUGGAGCUGCUGAGACGGAAUCAGAGGAAUUCAGGAUAUUGUUCCUCAAAAAAGUCUGUUUUUCCGUAGUCAGAUCAUGAGGCAUACAGUGAGAGCAGAACUCUUCUUGACAAGUAUUUCCAGCUGCAGUCCAGAGUGUUCUGGUUCCACUGCACAGACUGGAGCUUAACGUUUACAUUCACAAUGAACGAGGGAACCUGUUGACUGGUUUAGUCCUAUAGCAAAGAGACAGUCUGGUACGACACAUCAAUGUAAAAUCCAAUAUAUUUACAAUUUAUAUAUAUAUAUAUAUAAAUAUAUAUAUAUAUACACACACACAAGAUGUAUUUAUUAAGAUUGAAUUAACUUAUUGUUAUUUAUUGCAGUCCAUUUUAUGAAAGAAAUGUUUGUUUUUCUUAUUUAUUUGAGCUCUGUUUUGUCCCGGAUGGUACCAAAGUCGAGCAUGUGUUUUCUAAGUAGAAUCAGAUUGUGCUGAAACAACCAGAUUCAAGGUGCAGCCAUAACUAAUCAAACUCAUCCUUCAGUUUCAAAAUGCUGUACAAAGUCUGUAAUCCAUGGUAGUUAAUCCUAAACUCACUGCCGAUUCCAAAACAUCAUAGAUUUAUGAGAAUAACAGAAGCUAUCGAUUUAGAGAGGGGGCGCAGAAAGGAAGUGACAGGGUGGAGCGGACCAAUUCCAACCUUUUUCAAAACUUACAAAUCUUAUCUCUGCUUUCGAUCCUUUUGAAUGAUGCCAGGUUUGAGCGUCUUUGACAGUGUUCCUCAUUUGUCACUAAUGGAAAGCAGAGAGGGCUGAGCAGCCUGGGGCGUUAGGGGCUGAGGGCCUGGGAGACACCAGUCAGCUGCUCCUCACUCCUCACGCUAACCAAGUAGAUGGGUAAACAAGACUACUGCCAAAAUCAUGGCAUGCCAUUAUCGGUUUACAAAGGAACAUACAAAGCCUGCAUUCAUUGUUUAUUUUCUAGGCAUAAAGUCGUACUGCCAGUGGUUAUCCCGGAGAGCUGUGUAGCUUUCUUUACAAUGAUACUCUCCACAUUAUUUCAAGACAUCCUCUUUUUUUAUAGACAGAAUAACAAAAUGACCUCAUUGCUAGAGAGGUGGUGCAGGACAGGUUGGAUAUGGCCAGCCUUCAGGCCCACUGCUUUCAAUUAACUUACAUUCUCUUUCUAUCACACCAUUUGCAAAGUAAUGUGUUACUAAACUCUUUACAAAAUGCUACAUAAAAGCUAGCCAGGAGUGAUGGUAGCACAGAAAAUCUCUGAUAUCAUAGAAGCAGUCAGUAAAAACCUUGACGCUAGACUGUGGAAAAGGGACCCACUGUCCUUUGGCCAUCACAGUGCAGUGCAGAAGUUGAUGGUAUGCAUGUACACUUGGCUGCCAGGGUCUGUUACCCUCAACCCUUCAGUCUGGUCCUGGCUCUACACCAAGUCUGGGCAAAAACUUCGUAGUGGUUACUGUCCCAGUAGGCUUUAGCGUUCCUGGGAGUGUCUCUGUCUCUGUGGUCUCUGCUUUGACAGACAUGCAGGUUUUUCUUACUGAUCUGGGGUUUGUUUGAAAACAGUGCUCUAACAUGCAGCUUAGCCCACUACCCCCACUGGAACACCAAUGUUUAAGACCAUUUAAGGGCGAUCUAGGCUCUGCCUCUCUUAGCCAAAUCGACAUGCACUCCCCUACAAAUGUAUUUGGACAGUGAAGCUUAAACUUUUCAUUUGGGUCUAUACUCCAGCAUUUUCACUUUGAGAUCAAAUACUUCAUAUGAGGUGACAGUACAGAAUGUCACCUUUUAUUUUAGGGUAUUUUCCAACAUUCUGUUUAUCCGUUUAAAAAUGUAAGCUCUAUGAAUCUAGUCCCCCCAUUUGAAGGUGUCAUAAAUAUUUGUACAGAAUCACACAGGUGUAUUAAAGUGGUCAGAAAUGUUGUAUUUGGUCCCAUAUUCCUAGCACACAAUGAUACAGUUAGAGAUACGAAGGUCAUACCUCCAAGACAUGCUAACCUCUCAUCUUUACCAACAGGGGAGGUUAACAUUUUUGGGGGGGUAUGAUAUUUAUGUCUAACUUUCUCACUCAUCAUUAUUCACGAUUCAUUCUUGAUUAUCCGUAAUCAUUGCUAGGAACUACAUUAAUGCAGAAGUGUUCCCGAAACACAUUAUAUUCUUAUUUACAAUAAAAGUGAAUACAUUAAAUACAUGAUUUACUAUUGGGAAAAACAUCAUCCGUAACAUAACCAAAACAAACUGCAAAUGCAUCCAACAUACAGUAUAUCACACAAGUGAGUACACCCCUCACAGUUUAGUAAAUAUUUGAGUAUAUCUUUUCAUGU